AUGUCACGCAUUGCUGUGAUUGAUCCUGAUUAUCAAGAAGAAAUGAAGGACUUACCAUAUAAGUUCGCGGUCAAGAUGGUAACCAUUCUACCAUCACUGGGUCUGGCAGAAUCUGUACGAGAACGUCACGAACUGCAAAUAGAAGAUGAGAAAGUUAUCGAAGGUUUUGAAGAAAGCGCUAGAAAUUUGCACAACCGUGAAGUGGACGUCUAUCGAAUUUUUUCGCGUUUCGAUAACUCAUUAUCGAAAAUGCCGCACCUUUAUUUUACACAAAAUUUCACAAAGGAAAACGAUGUAAAAGGUUUUAUUGGAAUGGAAUUUGUUGAAGGCGUUGUAACUCGCAAUAUCUUCCACAAUGUAAGACCGGAAGAGCUCUCUGAGGCCGUUCGUGCACUGGCUUAUCUUGAAGCAAAGAGUUUGGAGCUCAGCGAUGAUGAAAAACAAAAAGUGGCAAGUAAUCCCAUCCCCAUUAUCUAUCCAGAUAUGAUACAUGCUACUGCUGUAUCGAAUAUGUUUCAAGACAUGUAUGCCGCAGCUCCAGAGCUUGAACCAGCUGGGAAAUUGCUUGAGACAAUGACGGCGGACAUCGUUGACUUGGAGCUGACAUCCACUUUGAACAAAGAAUUAGGUAUGCAAGACGUCUUUGUUCACGGUGAUCUCUGGUCAGCGAAUUUGAUGUGGACAAGUGCAGGAGAUGGUUUAAGACUGAGCAGAAUAGUCGACUAUCAAGUAACACAUUUUGGAUGUGCUGCAGAGGAUCUCGUUCGUGUCUUUAUCAGUACUAUGAGCGGAAAAGAUCGUCGAGAAAACUGGGAGCGCCUGCUUGAAGAAUUUCACGGAGUAAUGCAGAAGCACUGUUUUGGAGAGCUUCCAUUUUCCCUCGAUCAGCUCAAAGAAUCUUAUCGACGGAUGUUUCCAAUAGCAGGUGUGCUGUUACUACCUGUUCUCGAUAUGGUAGCUAAGCUUGGUUUGAGCAAGUUGUCUGAAGAAGAGAAGACACAAAAGCAGAUUGUGCUGUCUGAGAAGACACUUGCUCUUUUUGAAGAUAUUCUUUUGUUCUCAAAACGAAAUCAAGAUGUUCGACCGAACAAGAACAACUCAACAGCUCAUCACACCGAGAAAUUGUCGCUCAUUUUCUUAUCGCUUGGUAUAGGCAUUACUGUUUUAUAUUGUCUUUUACGACUGUUGACAAUUUGAACAACACAUUACAACGUUAUGAUACAAGAGC